CAAAAUGGGUUCUUUCAAAGUUUAUGUUUCGAUGGUGUCGAUUUUUGUGUUGAUCGCUAUGCUCAAUAGUUCUAGCAGUUAUAGAUACAGCAGCCGAUACGGCAGUCGAUCAAGAUACAAUUAUCAACCCUCACUUAGAAAAUGUCUGAGUAAUGAUAUUCUUUCUACCUUACAAGGAACAUUAUGUCCAAGAGCGAAUCCCUGUAAAAAUGGUGGAACAGAACAGCCUAGCGGAAGAUGUGUUUGCACAGAUGAAUAUACUGGUCCUACUUGUGAAGAAAAGGUGAAUCCUUGUAAAAAUGGUGGAAUCGAUCUGCCUAGUGUGGGAUGUGUUUGUACAUUUGAUUUUACUGGUUCUACUUGUGAAGAAAGAGUGAAUCCUUGUCAAAAUAAUGGAACACUACUGUCUGAUGGAUCAUGUAAUUGUACAGUGGAUUUUACUGGUACCCUUUGUGAAGAAAGAGUGAAUCCUUGUCAAAAUAAUGGAACACUACUGUCUGAUGGAUCAUGUAAUUGUACAGUGGAUUUUACUGGUACUCUUUGUGAAGAAAGAGUGAAUCCUUGUCAAAAUAAUGGAACACUACUGCCUGAUGGAUCAUGUAAUUGUACAGUGGAAUUUAUUGGUACUCUUUGUGAAGGAAGAGCGAAUCCUUGUCAAAAUAAUGGAACACUACUGUCUGAUGGAUCAUGUAAUUGUACAGAAUCAUUUGGUGGUAAUUCUUGUGGGGAAGCACGAUGUGAAAAUAUUAACUACCAAGAAUGCAGAAGUGAAUGUGGUCCAGACUACAUCCAAGUCGAUUCUUAUUGUGAUGGAGAUGAUGUAUGUUGUAACUAGUCUUAAGUGAAGAAGCUCCUGAUGUCAGAUAAAAAAAACUAAAAAAUAUAUAACUGACUUUUAUGAUUGAAAUAAAAUAGAUAAAAAAAUG